AUGAACGAAAAAGAAGAUGAAGAUAUAGACUAUGAACUAAUCAGGAGAAGAUAUUUUAACUCUCAACCUCCAAUAAGAAUAAGAACUAUUAAACCUGCAAAAUCAGAGCCUAUUCCAAAAGACCAUUAUGAAGUAUUUCACCAAUCAAGUAAACCAAUUCCAAUAAAAUGUCACUCUCCACAAUCGCCUUCUAUAUUUAUGCCACCUCAUGAAUAUAAAAAAUUACACCCAGAAGAUAGUUAUUCUAAUUCUCCUCCUUCAGAAGAAAGGGUGUAA